UUCUCACCGGCAAUGGUACCACCCGGGGACGUAGAGUAGGCGUGCCUUUGCUCCGUGGAAACUCGGCUCCUCCUGCCACACUUGCAAGGCACCGUGGCAGCUAUCCGUACGCUGUGGGAGUAAACACGGUGCGUGUACCGUAACCAAGCGAACAGUUUCAAUCUGAAAACUCAGACGUCUUCCUCCCGCCCUGAACUCUUUGAAAUCAAGUCUGCCCAUAAUAGACACCACUGCUUGCACAGCGUAGCCUAGCUUUCUAUCUUGCUUUGAGCAACUCUUGGCAAUGGCGAGUGAAUCUGAAUCCGACUCUGACUCCGAAUCUGCCAGGGAAGAACCACCACACAAGAAGGUAAAGACAUGCAUUCUGACCAAAUUGGAGCCUGAUGUGACCAUUUUGGUUGGCCAUGAAGAGUACCAAGAGUACAGCCAAGCACUUUGCAGCUGGAGCGAUUACUUUGAGAAAGCGCUGACCAGCGGCAUGAGGGAGAGUGAAUCAAAGCGAUUUGAGUUUCCAGACAGGGACCCCAAAGAGUGGGAAAUGAUUGUUGCCAUGAUGAAGCCAAUGACCAAAGUGAAAGUGACCGACGAAAGCGUUUUCAAGGCUCUUUCUUGGUUUGCUGAGCUAUGCUCACCUCAAGGGUUGCAGGAAAGUGACAGCAUCCUCUUGUCACUGCUAGAGCCUAGCUCUGUCAGCCACAACUUUGUUUUGGACAUCCUGGAAGCAAGUCUAAACUUUUGUCUUCCAAAAUCCAUGGCCAAGAGCUUUGCCAAAGUCAAAAUGAUUAUGGCCAAUAAUGGAGCAAUAAUGGUAGAAAAGGCAUGGGUUGAGCGGUUCAUUUCAGUUGCCCAAGGACAUCAGAAUUGCCUGGAUGCAAUGUGGGAUACCCUUGGAGAACUGGUGCCUGCAACUCUCUCAGGCCAGCAGAGAACUUCACUGCUUGAAAAUGGUCUUCUCACUGAGUUUGUGUUCACAAAGAUGGAGGCACUCCAUUUCAAGAAGCACCAUCCAGCAAUCAAAAGAAUGGUGUCCAAAUUGAAAAAGCCGAACAAUUGGAAAAACAACAAUUUUUCAAACGCCAUUUUGAAAGCGAUGAGGCUAGAGGAUCAAGACAAGCCCUGGCAACACUUACUAUAG